AUGGCGCGGAGUAAUGAGAAAACCAGCAAGAAGCGCCCCGCGGAAGGUGACCCCGACGGCGCGCAACCACUGACCAAACGAUUCGGAAGUCUCCAGAUCGAUAACGAUGCGUUCUCAGAUGCUCGGGCCAGUCGCGAUGGCUCCCCUUACCGGCGCUCCCCGAGCCAGCACGAUGUGAUGUUGUUGGACGACACCAAACAUACCACCUACAUCCACAGUCUGGACGAAGAGCUAGCUGAGCCUGACCCUCCCAAUGAGGGUCUGGUCAUCUCACCACUCGCCGCCAGUAUGAUGUCCAUGCCGAGACCCAUCCUAUUGAACUCUUCAUCAAAUGGCAAAGAAAUGGUUCUAUACUCUGAGCCCAUUUCUCUGACAGUCCCCAGGGAUAAGGACACUGUGCGGAAGGCCAUAUUGGAAUCAAGGGCCCGGGCUCGCGCGGAAAUCAAGCAACUUUCUGGCCAAUCGACUGACAUCGAAGUUCAAUGUUCAAGCCGCACUGUGCCCGAUGCGACCACAUCUUACCAUGACGAUCCAAUGGACAUUGAUCAUGAUUUAUGA